ACAGACACACAGACUCCUGUCAAAAUGUCCAGGGAGCUUCUCCUCCUCUGGCUGGUGAUGGAGCUCUGGUGGCUUUAUCUGACACCAGCUGCCUCAGAGGAUAAAGUAAUAGGGCUUUUGGGCCAAUCAGUGACAUUGCCUUGUCGUUACUCAUCCUGGUCCCAGAGCCGCAACAGCAUGUGCUGGGGCAAAGGCGCAUGUCCCAAUUCCAAGUGCAGCCAGGAGCUUAUCCACACAGAUGGAAGAAAAGUUACCUCCAGGAAGUCGCUAAAAUACACACUUCGGGGGAAUAUCUGGCAGGGCGAGGUGUCCUUGACCAUCUCAAACACCAAUCAAGGUGACAGUGGUGUGUACUGCUGCCGUAUAGAGGUGCCUGGCUGGUUCAAUGAUGUCAAGAAGACUGUGCACCUGGAGCUGAGGAGAGCCCCAACAACCACAAGACCAACCACAACCACUCGCCCAACUACCACCCCUUACGUGGCUACCACCACAGAGUUUCCAACGACAGUCAUGACCACACCUGAACCCACAACUGCAAUACCACCCCAGACACUGGCCACCUCUGUCCUCACAACAGCAGCAACCACGUGCCCCUCCACUAUGCCUGGCUCACUCUUGCAAGAAACCACAAGUUUUACAACCACUGAGAUCUUCACCAAGGGGUCUGCCAUCACUGCAGAAUCGGAAACUGUUUCUUCAUCCAGCGGGGUGACAACGUCUGCAGGCGCAGCCUUGCUCAUACCCACAGGGUCCGAAGCUUGGAUUCUUCCAUCAACUUCACAGCAGAUGACACAGGAAACGGAAUUAAAGACAAUCAAUCCUUUGUGGAGAAAGGCCAAAUCAUAUCAGAGCAACAGACAGACCAACAUCUUGAUCAUUGCUUGCUGCGUGGGGUUUGUGCUGAUGGUGUCACUGUUUCUGGUAUUUCUUCUUCGAGGGAGAGUCACAGAAGCCAAUUGUUUGCAGAGACACAAGAGGCCAGACAACAUUGAAGAUUGUAAAAGUGUCCUCAAUGACAUGUCACAUGGAAGGGAUGAUGAAGACGGAAUCUUUACUCUCUAAUUUUCCACCUUUUCUUAGGAUUAAGCAUGGGGGAUGAUAUUUGAAUUGUCAAAAUAAGUUUGGGGACAUUGCAAUUUUCUUUUAAAGCAUCACUUUUUUUCCACUGAUGCUAUGGGUCCAGCCUCAUUUUAUCUUCCCACACGAAGGUACUUUAGAUACACAUCUUCCCUGCCUAGUGCUUUAGUCAUCUCUGCAGAUUUGUGGCUAGGGGAUCCUUCUCCACUGGGCUUGUUACUGUCAGUGAUAGUGAACUCAUUGCCACAGUGGUGGGAGUCCCUUCAGCCACCCAACAGUAGAGGGAGUUAAAAAUACUCUAAGCAAAAAAUAUUCUUUUUGCAGAUAGCAUCUGCCUGUUGGUGGUUGAACUCCAUUUACACAGCACUCAUUUAAUCUGUCUGGCUGCUUCCUGGUAUCUAAGUUGCCUUUCUUCUGAGACACAAGUUCAGGUCCCUUUCCUACCUCAGUUGCUUUCCUCUUACACAUGCCUGUGUCUCCAUUUUUCUGCCAGCUUUCUGAGUUCAGUGCCCGUGCUGGAUAUAGCAUGAACAUCCUAAUGCUUUAUUCGGGAUGCAGGUAAUACCAUGCAAUCACAUCAAAAGUUUGACUUGCUUCUAAAACUCCUAAUUUUUUAUGAUAUGAAUUUCUUUUCAUAUCUGAGUGUCUUAAAAGAUGAGCAUAAUGCCGUCUGAACUCUCGCCAGAGAAAUUAAAUUUUGGAAGCUGCCAAGUGCCCAUCAGAGCGAGGGUAUCAGAUAACAAGGAUUUUUGUACAGACGGAAGCUGUCCAAGUAAAUUCCUCUAAGUAUAAUUCAUUGUAAUUGCAGCCCAGGAAGAACAGAUUUGUCUUAAAACUGUAAUAAUUACUAGUAUGAGGAACCCUGAGAGAGAAAUAAAAGCAAAGAGCUAUUGAAUGAGAA